GGGGGGUUAGGAGGGAUGGACAGUUGCUCAAAAGCUGAUUGUACUGGCUGGCUUUCCUAUCAGGGCAGCUCACACACAUCCAAAUCCCAGAUUAAACACCCCCACCUCUCUUUCCAACCAGCAGCACUCCUACAAGUCCCUGCCCCCUCUCUUCCUCCUUGUGUAACUGUACUGAGCGUGGAUUACCAAACUCUGAAGCAAAGCAGGGGCUCUGACAGGCUCCGAACAGAAUGGUGGUUUCAUCCCAACAUCACUGGGAUCGAGGCAGAACACCUGCUCCUGACACGGGGCGUCCAUGGCAGCUUUCUAGCGAGACCCAGCAAGAGCAACCCUGGAGAUUUCACUCUGUCUGUCAGGAGGAACGAUGAGGUCACCCAUAUUAAAAUCCAGAACUCGGGGGACUAUUAUGACCUGUACGGUGGGGAGAAGUUUGCCACGCUGGCUGAAUUGGUCCAGUACUACACAGAGCAGCACGACCUCCUGCGGGAACGCAACGGAGACGUUAUUGAGCUGAAAUACCCCCUCAACUGCAAAGACCCCACGUCUGAGAGGUGGUACCAUGGACAUCUCUCGGGGAGAGAUGCUGAAAAGCUUCUUACAGAGAAAGGUAAAUCCGGCAGCUUCCUGGUGAGAGAAAGCCAGAGUAAGCCAGGAGACUUUGUGCUUUCUGUCCUCACUAAUGAAGAAAAGCAUGAAAACGUCGACCGCAAGACUAAAGUUACCCAUGUCAUGAUCCGCUAUCAGGAUGGAAAAUAUGAUGUAGGAGGAGGGGAGAGGUUUGACACUUUGGCAGAUUUAGUGGAGCAUUAUAAGAAAAACCCCAUGGUUGAGAAGAGUGGAAUUGUUGUACACCUUAAACAGCCAUUCAAUGCCACAAGGAUAAAUGCAGCAAACAUCGAAAACAGGGUACGAGAAUUAAAUAAAGUAGCUGACAACUCAGAGAAACCCAAGCAAGGCUUCUGGGAAGAAUUUGAGGUUUUACAGCAGCAAGAAUGUAAACUGCUUUACCCCAGGAAAGAGGGGCAGAGACCAGAAAACAAAAACAAGAACAGAUAUAAGAACAUUCUACCAUUUGACACCACUCGAGUGCAGAUCAAGGAGGCGGAUCCUGACGUGCCAGGCUCCGAUUACAUCAACGCUAACUAUAUCCGAAGCAUGAAUGAAGAAGGUCGUCAUAUGGAUGAAGGUAAAGUGUUCAUCGCCACUCAGGGUUGCCUUCAGAACACCGUCCUAGACUUUUGGAAAAUGGUGUACCAGGAAAACACUCAUGUUAUUGUGAUGACGACCAAGGAGAUGGAGAGAGGCCGGAAUAAGUGUGUGCGGUACUGGCCGGACUUAAACUCAACAAAGGAGUUUGGGAAGGUGUGUGUGAAGAACAUCGAGGAACACACAGCUCAGGACUACAUACGACGAGAGCUCGAAGUCACGCGUCUAGACAGGAGAGAGCCUCCCAGGUGUAUCUGGCACUAUCAGUACCUGAGCUGGCCUGAUCACGGUGUUCCCAAUGAACCUGGAGGAGUCUUGAGUUUCCUGGAGCAAGUCAACAGAACCCAGAGUGCCAUUCCAGAGAGUGGACCGAUAGUGGUUCACUGCAGUGCAGGGAUUGGAAGAACAGGCACAAUUAUUGUGAUUGACAUCCUUAUCGACAUCAUAAACAGACAAGGGUUGGAUUGUGACAUCGACAUCCCGAAGACCAUCCAGAGAGUGCGCCAGCAGCGAUCCGGUAUGGUUCAGACCGAGGCCCAGUACAAGUUCAUCUACAUGGCUGUUCAGCAAUACAUAGACACUGCUCAGAAGAGACUGGAAGAGGAGCAGAGGAAUAAAACAAAGGAGAGAGAGUACUCUAACAUCAAGUACCCGCAGAUGUCAAAUGCCAGAGCCAAGCCAAACAUGAGCUCGUCUCGCUCUUCAUCUGUAAUGAAUGAUGACUCCGGUGUUUAUGAGAAUUUGAACAUCAAAAAUCCAAAGGGCUCCACCAGCAGCAAUACACGGAGAUAAGCCAUGUGGGCUGCUGUCUCAGGGACUCUGGGAUUCCAGCAGAGGUGCUGUGUAGAAGCACCUGAUCGUGGAGCGACACUGGAUUACAGCACUGGGGGUAGAGGGAGGGCACUAGCAGCGUUUACGUUGAGGUGAAGCCGCCCAGUCGCUCGGCUAGAGAUUCCACCGAAAUCUCCAACAGCUCCUCUCUUCAUUUCCUGACUGACUACAUCUAAGAAACUCACACUCCAAGUGCCUCAACAGCAGCCGAAAUUGUUCCCGCAAAGGACGCGUGGCUUGGUGCUUUCUCUCCCCUCUUCUAGUCUAACAAGCCUCUCUACACUGCACUAAGCUACAUGAUGGUUUGUACAUGUGUGAAAUAUAUAUGAAAUAUGAAUAUUUACACUCAGUGACGUAACUUUGGAUGAAGCUACGCUCUUUCCAUGCUGUCUACGGCUGUUUCCAGACCUUGCUUUGUCUGCUGGAUGUCGUCUACUGUAACCAAAGACCUUUGAUAUGUAUCUCACAAGCAGCGGUUAUUUGCGCUCUGCUGAGUGAUGCUCGUGUGGCAUGGUGACAUAAGAAGAAGAAAAGUGCACCGUCCUGCCUCAAGGAUCCCCUCUUUUCUUUUCAGAGCACAUGCGAGGUGAUUGGUCAAAGCUCGACCAGUAAUUUGGAUACUUUAUGUAAGUAGGUGUUUCAAAUGGGCUGAUUUGGUACAGUGUGGUAGAAUCUAUACAGUAUGUGCCAAUUAGCAGCCUGUGCAUCGUAUUCUUAAAAGCUUCUGCUCUGAUGCUUUUUUUAUUGAGCAUUACCUCCAGGCAAAUGAACCGUUGGAGGAAGUCAAGUGCUACUGUCAAUCAAAGGCUUAUCAACCAAUCAGGCUGCCUCUUCAUCAGCGGGUUCCUCCCUCUAUGCUUAGGCUUUAUUGUUCUGAUAACAUCAGGUGAGCCUUUAUUAGGUAGGGUUUUGUUUGUUACUAGUCGUUUUGUUUGCAACUAUGAUUCCUUUAGAGCAAUUUUAUCUUGUGAUAUUUGUGAAUGUGAUUAUGAAAUUUAGGCCUGGCAUUUUUUGAUUUAAUGCAUUUUUGACUAUAUUAUUCCACAUUUUCCUCCUAAGAGACACAUUAAGCUCUUUUAUCACAUAUAAACAGGGUAUGUGUGUAUUGCGGUGUUACGAAUAGCCCCAUAAAUCUCUUUACGUCAAUAGCGGGUUGCGAUUGCACGCAGGAGGCCAAACGUAAAUUAAAAAACGUGGUGUUACUAAACAUCCACAAUGGAGGCGGUACGUCAGGAUGUCGAGCGAGCUGUUGACGUGAAUGCCGUUUCGGUGGAGACUUUAGCUAAAAAGGAGGCAGGCCAGAUGGCCCACAGCUAAGAUUAAAGAAAUAGAUUUGUGUAGGGCGAAAAAAGUAAUUUGAAACAUGGCCGUAAUCCACACAUAGCUAUUAUUAGGUGAGGUCAGCAGUGAUGUCAUAAGAUGUUAUACACUACCAGGUCAGUAAGGGUUUGGGGUCAGUAAGAUUUUUUUGUGUGUUUGUUUGUUUAAGAAAUGAAUACUUUUAUUCAGCAGGGUUGCAUUAAUUUAUCAAGAGGGGUAAAAAUUUUGUUUUUUUUAUGCUGUUAUGCUCAUGUUUUCAACAAAAAAAUUAACAGCGUAAUUUUUUUUUUAAUGUCAGAUGAUGAUUAAAAAGUAUCUUGAGCAGCCUUGAUUGAUUUCUGAAGGGUCAUGUGAUACUGAAGACUGAAGUAAGGGCUGCUUUGCCAUUACAGGAAUUAAUUAAUUUAAUUAAUUAAAAUAUAUUAAAACAAAAAACCUAAUAUGUCAAUGCUAUUUUCACAAUGUUUUGGUUUGGCUAUAUUUUUAGAAGUAUUCAAGCUUGGAGAAAAAGCGUAAAAAAAUCUUACCGACGAAAAACUUAAAAGUAGUGUACAUCUUGGUCUAGAUAAAGCAGGGCAUAAUGUAUGUCAUUAGUUAUCGUCUGACUAUGAAUGUGGUGUUUAUUUUGACCACAUGAGGAUGUGAUGUCACAAUCUGAAGGGCUACUGUACACGUUCAGAACGAGGCCUGGGUUUUGCUUUUUUUGCACUUGAAUGGAUGAAAUGUUUGGGUUUUAUACUAGAGAACCAGUUUGUCAGGCCGUCCAGGAAGUAAAAGCAAUGUCACUGCAUAUGAUAAUCAUUGUCCUUGGAAUGACUGACUGACUGAUAAAAUGAAUUUGUGGUCAUGUGACAGCAAUGUACUACUAGCAUCUGAACGCUGUUUGUCUGCUGUUUAAAUUUGUUUUAUUUUUACCUCUGUGAAAAUAUAAUGGCAUAUUAAGACUUGAAAUUCAAUUUGAACUGCUGCAAGGUAUAGUGUCUAUGGCUGAAUGUCUUUUGUUUGGAGGUAUAUAUAAUGGAUAUUUUUUUGUUGAUUUGCCAUCAGUGUGGUGUUUUGCGUUAUAGAUCAGUCAUUUAUUUUCGUUUUAUUCGGUCAGUUAUCGAUUUUGUUGUAAAUUGUACAUUUCAUUUUUCCGUUUAUACAGUGAUGGAAAUAUUCACAGCCGUUUAGCAUAUUAUUUUAGGACGAUGUUAACAUUUAUUAUUAUUUCUUCUACUAUUAUACAAAACAUCAACAGUUAUGAAGCUAUCUGCUUGUGUUAUCACAUUUUUGAAGUCUUCUGUUUAAAUUUACUUGAAUACUCUGUUGGUGGGUUUUUUUUAAUCUCAGUUGGUGAUCAGUAGGUUUGGUCUGAAUUGUGUCGUGCUGAUUGUCCUUGUGUGAUAAAGACUGUGUUCCCUCUUGCACUGGUUCAGCCUAAAAUGCCUUUUGCCCUGAAAGAUACAUCUGAUGUAAAGACUUGCAUCUCAAUAACAAUACAGGACUAGUUCUUGCAUAAUAAAGCAUACACUGGGAACUUUCAA